UGCGACGGGAGCCGCGACCGCCUGGCAUCCGACUCUUUCACCCCCAGCGAAUUCUGGCAGUGGGAUGUCUCAGGAAGGCAGCUAUGGGCGAUGGACAAUAUCCAGCAGCGAGGAGGAAGAAGAGGAGAAGCCAAAACCCCUCAAGACCUCUCCGUCUGUCCCACCAUCUGUCCCAAUACCCGUUGAGGCUGGGGCAGCACGUGAACCCCCCUACACAUGCUCUGAGGCCCGGAGAGCUGCACACAAGCAGAAGCUGUCACCUCUGAAAUUUAAGCAGCCUCCAGCCACCACAGAAGCAACAGCUCCCAAAAGGCAGAAGUCCAGUGGGUCUCAGGAAGACACGGGCUGGUGUCUCUCCAGCAGUGAUGAUGAUGAUGAUAAUGAAUCAUCCUCUGACACAAAGUUGCCACAGGCCAGACCCGGAGCAGCGGCUAACCAGGAAGGAGCCGCCUCACUUCCCAAGGUCGAGGCGGCCCAUACAGCUGGACACCACCAUCCCCCCAAGAAGGAGGAGGACAGGGAUGAGUAUGAGACCUCAGGGGAAGGCCAGGACAUUUGGGACCUUCUAGACCCAGCGAACCCUUUCCAGUUCUACCUCACCAGAGUGACUGGCAUUAAGGCCAAGUAUAACUCGGGGGCUCUCCACAUUAAAGAUAUUUUAUCUCCUCUAUUUGGGACCCUUGUCUCUUCAGCACAGUUUAACUACUGUUUUGAUGUGGACUGGCUCAUCCGACAGUACCCACCAGAGUUCAGGGGGAGGCCCAUCCUGUUGGUGCAUGGUGAUAAGCGGGAAGCCAAGGCUCGCCUGCAAGCCGAGGCCAAGCCCUACAGGAACGUGUCCCUCUGCCAGGCCAAGUUGGAUAUUGCAUUUGGAACACACCACACGAAAAUGAUGCUGCUGCACUAUGAGGAAGGCCUCCGCGUGGUCAUCCACACUUCCAACCUCAUCCAUGAAGACUGGCACCAGAAGACCCAGGGCAUCUGGCUGAGCCCUUUGUACCCACGGCUGGCCCAGGGGAGUGCGGGGUCCGGAGAGUCCCCGACCCACUUUAAAGCGGAUCUCAUCAGCUACCUGACAGCCUACAACAUGCCCCAGCUCAAGGAGUGGGCCGACCUCAUCCAGGAGCAUGACCUCUCGGAAACCAAAGUGUACCUUAUUGGCUCAACCCCAGGACGCUUUCAGGGAAGUCAGAAAGAUCAUUGGGGACAUUUCAGACUCAGGCAGCUUCUGAGAGCCCACGCCUCCACCCAGCCCAGAGCUGAGACAUGGCCCAUCGUCGGCCAGUUUUCCAGCAUCGGUUCCAUGGGUGCCGAUGAAUCCAAGUGGCUGUUCUCUGAGUUUAAAGAGAGCUUGGCGACCCUGGGCCGGGAUGGCAGGCCACUUGGGAGCAGUGCUGCCCCUCUGCAUCUGAUCUAUCCUUCUGUGGAGAACGUGCGGACAAGCUUAGAAGGCUAUCCAGCUGGAGGCUCUCUUCCCUACAGCAUCCAGACAGCUGAGAAGCAGAAUUGGCUUCAUUCCUAUUUUCACAAGUGGACAGCUGAGACGUCAGGCCGCAGCAAUGCCAUGCCGCAUAUCAAGACUUACAUGAGGCUCUCUCCAGAUUUCAGCCAGAUGGCGUGGUUCCUUGUCACAAGCGCAAACCUGUCCAAGGCAGCGUGGGGAGCUCUGGAGAGGAACGGCGCCCAGCUGAUGAUCCGCUCCUACGAGCUUGGGGUCCUCUUCCUGCCCUCUGCAUUCGGCCUGGACAGCUUCAAAGUGAAACAGAAAUUCUUCUCAGCGGGUCAGGACUCAGCUGCCUCAUUUCCUGUGCCCUACGAUCUGCCUCCAGAACAAUACGGCUGCAAAGAUCGCCCAUGGAUUUGGAACAUUCCUUACGUGAAGGCUCCAGAUACUCACGGAAACAUGUGGGUUCCCUCCUGAGGACUGCAGAGCACCCGAAAGUGUUCCCCCAGCCUCCCAACACUGAACCACCAGCAGCCAGCAUUCCUGCUCGAGGAAGGGUCAGCUGAACUCCACAAAACUUGCCAAGGCCCAUCCUUUGAUCAUGGUCAUUGCACAUUAAACUGACCUUGUCAUAGUUCUUGCUUUCUUUAAACAAAAACAA